GCACAGUCUGAGAAGGAAGGUGAUGGAAAGAUGUCCCGGAUUUUAAGUUCUCGUCUGUCGAUCCGUGAGAAAGGCCUCGUUGUUACCCUGCUUGGUUCCAACUGCAGUGUGUCAGCAUGUGCCGUGGUGCAGUUGUACCUGGCAACUUCAGCUUGUAAAGGAAAAAAAUCUGAAUGGCAGAUUCACAGUUGUGGAGUGGUGUGUCUGGUGCAGGAUAAAACACUGCAUUCGACAUUUAUACGGCUCUUUUGUGUGAAGAGGGCGAAGCUGCUCUGGGAACAGGAGUUGUACAUACCUUUCAUGUAUACAACACCCCGCCCCUUUUUCCACACCUUCCUCAGUGACGAAUGUUGGGCAGGGCUGAAUUUUUCUGAUGAGGAAGAGGCGAGUCGUUUCCACACAGCGGUACAGAGCUGCAUCAGCAAUAUGAAAGCGCAUCCUGUGCUUGUGCGGACUCACAGUCUGGACUCGACCUCCGGAUGGCUGCUGAGGAACAAACUGAACACAUGUCUGUCUGUUAAACAGUCUGAAUCCCCCGAAGCUCCACCAUCUGUUGAAUCAGAGGUGACCAAUACUCGUUCUCUGGUGCAGAGGAAAGGACCCCUGCCUCCGAUCCCCUCAGCUACGUCUAAUCCUCCUCACCAUGAUCAUCUGCAACAGAAAUUUUCUAUUCCCCUCCCUCCAUCCUACCCAGCUCCCAAACUGAACAUCAAUCCAGCAGCUGUAAAGAAAAGUGUCAGCUUUUCACCCGGAGGAAAUUAUUCUUUUUCCUUCGACAAGCACAGAAGCACAGAAGCUGAUGACAUAUGAGCAGAAGCUUUCACAGAAGAUCAUGUGCAGCAUUUUGUCUCCUGCUGAAGAUCUACAGUAAAGCACUUUUUAACAGGUGGCCAGCUUUGGUCCUGCAUUUAUCUAAAUUUUUAAAAAGUAAUUUAAUUAAUUUCUCUAUUUCAUUAUGUGUUGAAGUUUUAACGAAAUCUAUUUUAUUUGUUGAAUAAAACUGUCUCUGUGACUUUAUCAGAAGCUGUACUGCACUUUUCCUUCCUGAUGUCUGUUCAUAAAA